GGAUGCCUCAGGCGCGGGGCCCGGCUUUCUGCCACUGGGAGCCCGCCGAGGUGCGGGCCUGAAGGAGCGCUCUUGAGCGGAGGCGCUGCGGUGUUGAGUGCGACGCGCGCCCACCUCCCGGGGAAGGAACGGCGAGGCCGGGGACCCCGACCGUCGCAGGGAUGGAGCGCCGGGCGGCGGCGGCAGCAUGCACGCUGCUGCUGGCUUUCGCCGCCUGCCUGGCGCCGGCCAGUGGCAGAGAGUGUCUUGGUAACGAGUUUCGGUGCGGCAAUGGACGUUGUAUAACUGAAUCCUGGAGGUGUGAUGGGACCAGAGACUGCUUAGAUGGCUCGGAUGAAAUCGGCUGCCCUCACUCUACUUGCGGUUCCACCCAAUUCCAUUGUGAGGGUGAAGAUGUGUGCAUCCCUCUCCAUUGGGUGUGUGACGGUGAGGAGGACUGUUCCAAUGGUGCAGAUGAACGUCAGCGGUGCCCUGGCAGAACAUGCUCAAGCCACCACUUUACAUGCACCAAUGGUGAAUGUAUCCCAGUGGAAUACAGAUGCGACCACUCCACGGACUGCCUAGAUGGAACUGACGAGAUAAACUGCCGUUACCCAGUAUGUCAGCAGCAAACUUGUCACAACGGAGCCUGCUAUAACACUAGUCAGAGGUGUGAUGGGGAAAUUGACUGCAGAGAUGCCUCUGAUGAACUCAACUGCACUGAGCGAUGCUUGCGAAAUGAGUUUCAGUGUGGCAGUGGGGAGUGCAUCCCUAGGGACUACGUCUGCGACCAUGACCCUGACUGUGCAGACAGCAGUGAUGAACAUUCUUGCAGUGUUUAUCAGCCGUGCAAAGGCAAUGAGUUCGCUUGCUCCAAUGGCUUCUGUAUUAAUCAAAACUGGGUUUGUGAUGGAAUGGCUGACUGUAUAGAUAAUUCCGAUGAAGAUGGAUGUGAAAGCAGAAUUAUUCGUACUCAUGAAUGUUACCCAAAUGAAUGGGCUUGUCCAGAGGAUGGAAAAUGCAUUCCACUUAGUAGAGUUUGUGAUGGGAUUGCAGAUUGUCCAAGAGGAGGAGAUGAAAACAAGCGCACUGAAGGACGAGUAUGUGAUGUGAAUAUGUGUCCCUCCUUGGGCUGUGAGUACCAGUGCCACAAGUCACCAACUGGAGGGACGUGUUAUUGUCCCCCAGGUUUUAUCGUCAACAAAAAUAACACCCGUAGCUGUGUAGAUUUUAAUGAUUGCCAGAUAUGGGGAAUUUGCGACCAUUUCUGUGAAGACCGAAUUGGCCAUCACCAGUGCUUCUGUGCAGAGGGAUAUAUCUUGGAGCGUGAGCGGCAUUGCAGAGCUAAUUCUUCUUCUGGCCAGCCCAUUGUUAUUUUCUCCAAUGGUCGGAAUUUGCUCAUUGGUGAUAUUCAGGGACAAACCUUUGAGUACUUGGUACGGUCUCAAAAUCGUGGAUCGGCUGUGGGUGUGGAUUUUCACUAUCGCCUACAUAAAGUCUUUUGGACUGACACUAUGCAAAAUAAGGUUUUUUCACUUGAUAUUGAUGGUUUAGUUAUACGCGAAGUUCUCAGUGUUUCUAUUGAGGACCCAGAGAAUCUAGCUGUGGACUGGAUCAAUAAUAAACUUUAUAUUGUGGAGACCAAUGUCAACCGCAUAGAUUUGGCAAAUUUGGAUGGAAGCCACCGAAUUACCCUUAUAACUGAAAAUUUGGGACGUCCUAGAGGAAUUGCCCUGGAUCCAACUGUUGGUUAUUUAUUUUUCUCAGAUUGGCAGAGUAUUUCUGGACAACCUAAGAUAGAAAGGGCUUACAUGGACGGCUCCAACCGUAAAGACUUGGUAAAAAUCAAGCUGGGAUGGCCAGGUGGGAUAACCCUGGAUUUGGUAGCAAAGCGUGUUUACUGGGUUGACGCCCGGUUUGAUUACAUUGAGACUGUAACUUACGAUGGAACGCAAAGGAAGACAGUACUUCAAGGAGGCUCAAAGAUUCCUCAUCCUUUUGGAAUAAGCUUGUUUGAAGAUAAUUUGUUCUUCACUGACUGGACAAAGUUUUCUGUAAUGAAGGCAAACAAGUUCACAGAGACCGACCCACGAGUGUACUUCCGGUCUUCCAUGAGGCCUUUCGGAGUGACUGUUUACCAUGCCGUCAGGCAGCCCUCUGUUAGAAAUCCAUGUGGAAAUAACAAUGGGGGCUGUGAACACAUCUGUGUCCUCAGCCACAGGACAGACAAUGGUGGUUUGGGUUACCGUUGCAAGUGCAGGCUUGGCUACAUUCCGGGUUUGGAUGACUACAGCUGCGUGGCUACUAAGCAGUUCCUGUUCUUUUCAACUGACGUGGCUGUUCGCGGCAUCCCGCUCACCCCCUCCAACCAGAAAGAUGUCAUCCUUCCAGUGACAGGAAGUCCUUCUGUCUUUGUUGGGAUUGAUUUCGAUGCCAAGGAGAAUGCUAUCUUUUUUUCAGAUACAUCAAAAGACAUGAUUUCUAGACAAAAGAUCGAUGGCACAGGAAGAGAAAUUAUCACAGCUAACAGGGUGCCAAGUGUUGAAAGUUUAAGUUUUGACUGGAUUUCAAGGAACCUCUAUUGGACAGAUGCUUCUUAUAGAAGUGUCACCGUCAUGAGGCUAGCUGAUAAAUCAAGACGCACAAUAGUCCAGAAUUUAAAUAACCCACGAUCAAUUGUAGUUCAUCCUAUUGCUGGGUAUAUAUUCUUCACCGAUUGGUUCCGUCCUGCUAAAAUUCUGAGAGCAUGGAGUGAUGGAUCUCAUAUGUUGCCUAUAGUAAACACUACUCUUGGAUGGCCCAAUGGGCUGGCCAUUGAUUGGGGUUCUUCCCGAUUGUAUUGGGUUGAUGCCUUUUUGGAUAAAAUUGAGCAUACUACCUUUGAUGGUUUAGAUAGAAGAGCCCUGAGCCAUUUACAACAGCUGACACAUCCAUUUGGACUUACCGUUUUUGGAGAAUAUGUAUAUUUUACUGACUGGAGACAGCGGUCUAUUGUGCGAGUCAGGAAAACAGAUGGAGGAGAGAUGACAAUUCUCCGAAAUGGCGUCGGUAAUGUGAUGCGUGUGAAAAUAUUUGAAACCAGCAUCCAGGUCGGGUCUAACGCCUGUAAUCGACCCACCAAUCCGAAUGGAGACUGCAGCCACUUCUGCUUCCCGGUGCCCAACUUACAGCGGGUCUGUGGUUGCCCCUAUGGAAUGCGGCUGGCUUCCAAUCGCUUGAACUGUGUGAAUGACUCAUCCCGUGAGCCACCCAUGGAGCAGUGUGGCGCCCUGUCCUUCCCCUGUAACAACGGCAGAUGUGUACCCCUUCACUACCGCUGUGAUGGAGUUGAUGACUGUCAUGAUAACAGUGACGAGGUUCAGUGUGGUGCAUUUAAUACUUCCUGUGCACCUUCAGCAUUUGCAUGUGGCCACGGGGGAGGAGAAUGUAUUCCCUCAUACUGGCGCUGUGACAACCACAAUGACUGUGUGGAUGGCAGUGAUGAGCAGAACUGUUCCUCCCAAGCACAAACUUCCUGUCGUGCAGACUACUUCACCUGUGAUAAUCACAUGUGUAUCCCAAAGAACUGGCUGUGCGACACAGAUAAUGACUGUGGGGAUGGAUCUGAUGAAAAGAGAUGCGAUCUUGGAGAGACCUGCUCACCUACUCAAUUUCAUUGUCCUAAUCAUCGAUGUAUUGACCUAGCUUUUGUCUGUGAUGGGGAUAAGGACUGUGCUGAUGGGUCUGAUGAGAGUGCUUGUGUAAUUAAUUGCACUGAUUCUCAAUUCAAAUGUGUCGGAAGCAGUAAAUGUAUUAGCAACACAUAUAGAUGUGAUGGUGUUUCUGACUGCAGUGACCACUCUGAUGAGAUAGAUUGUCCAACCAGGCCUCCCGGGAUGUGCCGCCAAGAUGAAUUCCAGUGCAGAGAAGAUGGCAUCUGCAUUCCGGAUAGCUGGGAGUGCGAUGGGCACCCAGACUGCCUCACUGGAUCUGAUGAGCAUAGUGGCUGUCCCCCCAGAACUUGCCCUCCCUCUCGUUUUCUCUGUGCCAAUGGAAACUGCAUCUUCAGAGACUGGCUCUGUGAUGGGGACAAUGACUGCAGGGAUAUGAGUGAUGAGAAAGACUGCCCUACCCAGCCAUUUCUGUGUCCCAGUUGGCAAUGGCAGUGCCCCGGCCAUAGCAUCUGUGUGAAUCUGAGUUCAGUGUGUGAUGGCAAGUCUGACUGCCCCCGUGGGACAGAUGAGUCCCCACUUUGCAACCAGGAAAGCUGCUUAAAUUCCAAUGGUGGUUGUACUCAUCUGUGUAUUCAAGGGCCCUUUGGGGCUCAAUGCGAAUGUCCUUUGGGAUACCGGCUUGCCAAUGAUUCUAAGACGUGUGAAGACAUAGAUGAAUGUCGUAUUCCUGGCUUUUGCAGCCAGCACUGUUACAACAUGAGAGGCUCUUUCCGGUGCUGGUGUGAUAUAGAAUACAGCUUGGAAGCUGACCAGAGGACUUGCAAAGCUACAGCCUCAGAAAGUCUGCUGUUAGUUGUGGCAAAUCAGAACCAGCUUAUUGCUGACAACAUCACCAAAAGUAUGGACCAUAUGCGUGCGCUUAUCCAGGAUGGCUCUCACAUUGUGGCUGUUGAUUUUGAUUCAGUCAGAGGUCGUAUCUUUUGGUCUGACAGAACUCUGGGUAAAAUCUUCAGUGCCUUUCAAAAUGGAACAGACAGAAAACCAGUCUUUAACAGUGGUAACAUCAUGACAGAAAGCAUUGCAGUAGAUUGGGUAGGACGAAAUCUUUACUGGGCAGAUUUUGCUCUGGAAACAAUUGAGGUCUCUAAACUGGAUGGAACCCUCAGGACUGUGCUGUUGAGUGAAAACGUAACAAGUCCAAGAGGAAUAGUAUUAGAUCCCAGAGUUAAUGACCGCGUGAUAUUCUGGACUAACUGGGGCAGUUACCCUCGCAUCGAGCGAGCCAGCAUGGAUGGCGAGAUGCGCACUGUCAUUGUCCAGCAGAAGAUUUUCUGGCCCAACGGCUUAGCUAUUGACUACCCCACCAGACUGCUCUAUUUCAUGGAUGGCAAUCUUGAUUACAUACACUUUUGUAAAUAUGAUGGAAGCAAUCGGAAGCAGGUGAUAUCCAGUGGUGAGGGUUCAGGGCACCCCUUUGCCAUAACUAUCUUUGAAGAUUCCAUCUACUGGACUGACCGCAAUUCCCAGGAUGUUAGGAAAGCCAACAAGUGGCAUGGGGGGAAUGAGUCAGUGGUACUGUCUGCUCGCCAGCCCCUUGGGAUUGUCGCGGUUCAUCCUGCAAGACAACCAACUGCCAGAAAUCCAUGCACCAUUGCCCGCUGCAGCCAUCUAUGCCUGCUUUCCUCGGAGAGGCUUUACUCCUGUGCUUGUCCUUCAGGGUGGAGCCUCUCUCAAGAUUCUGUGACUUGUGUUAGAGAUGAUGACGCGUUCCUAAUAGUUGUAAGACGCACUACAAUUUUUGGAAUCUCCCUUAAUCCUGAGGUGAACACCGACAAUGCUAUGGUGCCCAUAUCAGGGAUGGAGAGUGGCUAUGAUGUUGAAGUUGAUUACCCGGAGCAAUUCCUCUAUUAUGCUGAUUAUCCAGGGGAAAUUUACAAAGUGAAGACAGAUGGCACCAACAGGACCUCGUUUGAUCCUCUAACAAAGGUGGGGUCUACUACGACCCUGGCCUUGGAUUGGCUCUCAAGAAACCUUUAUUAUACCGAUAGCGAAGCUCGGUCAAUUAAGGUUUUGACACUCCGGGGCAAUGUUAGAUAUAGAAAAACACUGAUUACAAAUGAUGGGACAACUCUUGGAAUUGGUGUGCCAGUUAGUGUAACUGUUGAUCCUGCCAAGGGGAAACUGUACUGGUCAGACCUAGGAAUUGAGGGUCGUGUCCCUGCCAAGAUUGCCUGUGCGAAUAUGGAUGGCACAUCUCGAAAAAAUCUUUUUACUGGGCACCUUGAAAACGUGGGGUUUAUCACCCUUGAUAUUGAGGAGCAGAAACUCUACUGGACAGUGAGAUCCUAUAUAUCGAUUGAAAGAGGAAAUGUGGAUGGUACAGAUCGAAGGAGCCUGGUAAACAGUCUUCCCCACCCCCGGGGAAUUGCUGUCUAUGGCCCCUACCUUUAUUAUGCUGAUGAGCAAAAUCAGGUCAUUGAACGAGUUGACAAGGCAACUGGGGCCAACAAAGUAGUCGUGAGAGAAGACCUCCCAAAUCUGAGGGCACUUCGAAUUUAUCGAAGACGUGGCUCUGAAUCCUCAAAUGGCUGUAGCAACAACAUAAAUGCCUGUCAGCAGAUUUGCCUGCCUGUACCAGGAGGACUGUUCACGUGUGCCUGUGCCGUCGGAUUUAAACUCAAUCCUGAUAAUCGGACCUGCUCUUCACAUGACUCUUUCAUUGUUGUUUCCAUGCUGACUGCAAUCAGAGGCUAUAGCUUGGAUGUGUCAGAUCAUUCAGAAGCUAUGGUGCCAGUGGAAUUAGAAGGACAAAAUACCCUGCACGUCGAUGUGGAUGUAUCUUCGGGCUUCGUUUAUUGGGCUGAUUUUAACAGAAAUGUGCAAACUGAUAAUGCCAUCCGUAGAAUUAAAAUAGAUGGGUCUGGUUUUGCAGACAUCAUUACAGAUGGGAUAGGAAAAGAUGGAGUCCGGGGUAUUGCAGUAGACUGGGUAGCAGGAAAUCUUUAUUUCAUCAACGCUUUUGUGUCUGAGACACUGAUUGAAGUUUUAAGGAUCAAUACCACCCACCGCCGCGUUCUCCUUAAAACCACAGAGGAUAUGCCCAGGGAUAUUGUUGUAGACCCCAAGAACCGAUACCUCUUCUGGUCUGACAUUGGGCAAACCCCAAAGAUUGAACGUUCUUUUCUUGACUGUACCAAUCGAACUGUGCUUGUCUCAGAGAUCGUUGCUUCACCACGGGGCUUGGCUUUGGAUCAUAACAGCGGCUACAUUUAUUGGGUUGAUGACUCUUUAGAUUUAAUUGCAAGGGUCAGCAUUCAUGGAGGGAACUCUGAAACGAUUCGCUUUGGCAGUAGUUACCCAACUCCUUAUGCCAUCACUGUAUUUGGAAACUCCAUCAUAUGGGUAGACAGGAAUCUAAAAACAAUCUUUCAAGCUAGCAAAGAGCCAUUUAAAACAGAUCCACCCACAGUGAUAAGGAACAAUAUCAAUUGGUUAAGAGAUGUGACGGUCUUUGACAAGCAAGCCCAGCCCCGGUCACCAGCAGAGGUCAACUACAAUCCUUGCUUGCAAAACAAUGGAGGGUGCACCCAUUUCUGCUUUGCUCUGCCAGAAUUGCGCACCCCAAAAUGUGGCUGUGCCUUUGGGGUCCUUCAAGGUGAUGGCAGGAGCUGUGCCAUUUCACGAGAAGAUUUUCUUAUCUAUGCCUUGGAUAAUUCUGUGAGGAGCUUACACUUUGACCCUGAAGACUAUAACGUACCUUUCACAGCCAUAAGUGUGGAAGAAACUGCCGUGGCUGUAGACUAUGACAGCAUAGAUAAUAGAAUCUACUUCACACAACUUUUAGCAUCUGGAAAAGGCCAGAUUUCCUAUAUCAGCCUGAAUUCAAGGAGCCAUUCUCCCACUGUUGUUAUUUCAAACUUAGGGAGUCCUGAUGGCAUUGCCUUCGACUGGAUCGGUAGAAGAAUUUAUUACAGUGACUACACCAACCAGACGAUUCAGUCCAUGAACAUGGAUGGAUCUAGGCGCACUGUGGUAGCCCGAGUUACAAAGCCAAGAGCGAUUGUGUUAGAUCCUUGCCAAGGGUACAUGUAUUGGACCGACUGGAGUACUAAUGCCCAAAUUGAGAGAGCCACAAUGGCGGGGAACUUCCGGAAUUCCAUUGUGAACAGUGGCCUGGUUUGGCCUAAUGGACUCACUCUGGAUUAUGAAGAAAACCUUCUCUACUGGGCAGAUGCUAGUUUGCAGAAGAUUGAGCGCAGCAGUGUAACAGGCACGGGGAGGGAGGUCAUCGUCAGCAGAGCCAAUGCUCCUUUUGGCUUGACCGUCUAUGGCCAGUAUAUUUACUGGACUGACUGGCUCACACAAAAAAUUUACCGAGCUAACAAGUAUGAUGGGUCAGGUCAGACUGCCAUGACCACGGCUCUUCCAUUCUUGCCUAAUGGUAUUCGUGUAGUUGUGAACAAGCAAGAGCUGUGUCACAAUCCUUGCGGUCGGUUUAAUGGAGGCUGUAGCCAUGUUUGUGCGCCAGGUCCAAGUGGUCCUGAGUGCAAGUGUCCACAUGAGGGCCACUGGUACCUGGCCAACAACAAUAAGUACUGCAUUGUGGAUGAUGGUAAAAGGUGUAAUAGUACCCAGUUCACCUGCCUUAGUGGGUACUGCAUCUUGGAGUCCUUGAAAUGUAAUGACAUCGAUGAAUGUGGUGAUAGCAGUGAUGAGCUGGAAACUCUGUGUGCAUAUCACACCUGCCCUCCCACAAGCUUCACCUGUGCCAAUGGGCGAUGUAUCCAGAGACAUUUUCGCUGUGAUCACUACAAUGACUGCGGUGACAACAGUGAUGAGUCAGGCUGCCGAUUCAAGAGUUGUAACAUAACCACGGAAUUUAGUUGCAAUAAUGGAAAAUGCCUCCCUCUUCAGUUGGUAUGCGAUGGUAUAGACCACUGCAAUGAUAACAAUACUUCAGAUGAGAAAAACUGUGCUCAGCACACUUGCCUGCCUGACUACAUAAAAUGUGCAAAUUCAAAUAUUUGUAUUCCUCGUCUUUUCUUGUGUGAUGGAGACAAUGACUGUGGGGACAUGAGUGAUGAAAAUCCCAUUUAUUGUGUCUCUCCAACAUGUAAGAACAAUGAGUUCCAGUGCACAUCUGGAUCCUGUAUUCCUGAGUUGUGGCAUUGUGAUGAAGAAAGAGAUUGUGAUGACGGCUCUGAUGAACCUGCCACUUGUGUGUACUCCCCGUCAACCUGCUCAAGUGAUGAAUUCAAGUGUGACAAUAACAGGUGCAUUCAGAUGGAGUGGGUCUGUGAUGGAGAUAAUGAUUGUGGGGACAUGAGUGAUGAGGACGGAAGACACCAGUGUGAGAAUCACAACUGCUCCAGUUAUGCGUUUCAUUGUGUAAAUAGUGCGCCUCCAUCCAGAAGGUGCAUUCCUCUAUCUUGGGUUUGUGAUGGUGAUGCGGAUUGCUCUGAUGCUUAUGAUGAGCAUCAGAAUUGUACCAGGAGAAACUGUUCUGAAACGGAAUUCAGCUGUAGUAAUGGACUGUGCAUCCCCAACUGGUUCAGGUGUGACCGGCGCAAUGACUGUGGUGACUACAGUGAUGAGAGGAACUGCAAGUACCCAGCCUGUGAUGAAAACCUUUUUACCUGUCAGAACGGUAUCUGCAUUUAUAAGAGUUACAUCUGUGAUGGGGAAAAUGACUGUGGCGACAAUUCUGAUGAGCUGGAGCACCUGUGCCACAAGGAAGAAACCACAUGUCCCCCUCAUCAGUUCAGGUGUAACAAUGGGAACUGCAUCGAGAUGGUGAAAGUCUGCAACCACCAGGCUGACUGCUCAGACAACAGUGAUGAGGAAAGAUGUGGCGUUAAUGAGUGCAAUGACCCGUUACUCAGUGGCUGCGACCAAAACUGCACAGACACCUUAACCAGCUUCUAUUGUUCUUGUAAGCCUGGUUACAAGCUGUUGCCUGACAAGCGGACUUGUGUUGAUAUUGACGAAUGCAAGGAGACACCCUCCGUCUGUAGCCAGAAGUGUGAGAAUUUACUGGGCUCCUAUAUCUGCAAGUGUGCCCCAGGCUACACCCGUGAGCCUGAUGGAAGGAGCUGCCGGCAGAACACCAACGUUGAGCCCUAUCUCAUUUUUAGCAACCGUUACUAUUUGAGAAAUCUGACUAUAGAUGGCCACAUUUACUCCCUUAUUUUACAAGGACUGGGCAAUGCUGUGGCAUUGGAUUUUGACCGAGUAGAACAGCGAUUGUACUGGCUUGAUAUAGAGAAUAAAGUAAUUGAGAGAAUGUUUCUGAAUAAGACAAACAGGGAGGCAGUCAUAAAGUACAACAUACCAGGUACAGAAAGUUUGGCUGUCGACUGGGUUACCAGAAAGCUCUAUUGGUCGGAUUCCUACCUGAAUUGCCUUUCUGUCUCUGACCUCAAUGGUCGAUACCGCCGCAAGCUAGCCGAGCACUGUGUGGAUGCCAACAAUACCUUCUGCUUUGAUAAGCCCAGAGGAAUUGUCCUUCACCCUGGAUAUGGAUAUGUCUACUGGGCAGAUUGGACUGACCGAGCAUACAUUGGGAGAGUAGGCAUGGACGGAAGGAAUAAGUCUUUGAUUAUCUCUAGCAAGAUAAAAUGGCCCAAUGGCAUCACCAUUGAUUACACCAAUGAUCUGCUCUAUUGGACGGAUGCCCACCUGGGUUACAUUGAGUACUCGGAUUUGGAGGGCUCCCAUCGGCACACGGUAUAUGAGACUGGGACUCUGUCUCAUCCCUUCGCUAUUACCAUUUUUGAAGACACUGUUUAUUGGACUGACUGGAAUACCAAGACAGUUGAAAAGGGAAACAAAUACAACGGGUCAAAUAGGGAGGCGCUUGUGAACACAACUCACAGACCGUAUGACAUCCAUGUAUAUCAUCCCUAUAGGCAGCCAUUUGUGAGUAAUCCCUGCGGUACCAACAAUGGUGGCUGCUCUCAUCUCUGCCUCAUCAAAGCAGGAGGCAAUGGAUUCACUUGCGAGUGUCCAGAUAACUUCUAUACCAUCCAACAUGGUGACACCACCCAGUGCCUGCCCAUGUGCUCUAGCACCCAGUUCCUAUGUGCCAACAAUGAAAUGUGUAUUCCUAUCUGGUGGAAAUGUGACGGGCAGAGAGACUGCUUGGAUGGUUCUGAUGAACCCAUCACUUGCCCGCAGCGCUUCUGCCGGUUAGGACAGUUCCAGUGCAGCGACGGCAACUGCACCAGCUCCAACUUCAUAUGCAAUGCGCGCCAAGAUUGCCCUGACGGGUCUGAUGAGGACGCUGUUCUUUGUGAGCAUCACCGCUGCGAGUCCAACCAAUGGCAGUGCGCCAAUAAGCGCUGCAUCCCGGAGUCCUGGCAGUGCGACUCAUUGAAUGACUGUGGAGAUAACUCGGACGAAGACAGUUCCCACUGUGCCAGGAGGACCUGCCUGCCGGGGUAUUUCAAGUGUGCCAACGGCCACUGCAUCCCUCAGAGCUGGAAGUGUGAUGUAGACAAUGACUGUGGAGACUACUCAGACGAGCCCCUCCAAGAGUGCAUGGGCCCCGCCUAUCGCUGCGACAACUACACAGAAUUCGACUGUAAAACAAACUACCGCUGCAUCCCAAAGUGGGCUGUGUGCAAUGGUUUCGAUGACUGCAGGGACAACAGUGAUGAGCAGAACUGUGAGUCGUUGACAUGCAAGCCUUCGGGAGAAUUUCGCUGCACAAAUCACCACUGCAUCCCUCUUCGCUGGAGGUGUGAUGGGCACAAUGAUUGUGGAGACAACUCAGAUGAGGAAAACUGUGUUCCCCGGCAGUGCUCAGAGAGCGAGUUUCGAUGUGACGAUCAGACCUGCAUUCCUUCCCGAUGGAUCUGUGACCAAAACAAUGACUGUGGUGACAACUCAGAUGAGCGGGACUGCGAGGUGAUGACCUGCCACCCUGGAUAUUUCCAGUGUAGUAGUGGACACUGCAUUCCUGACCAGAUGAGAUGCGAUGGGUUUGCUGACUGUCGUGACGCCUCCGAUGAAGCCACUUGUCCCACUCGCUUUCCCAAUGGUGCUUACUGCCCAGCUACUCUGUUUGAAUGUAAAAAUCAUGUUUGUAUCCAGCCAUCUUGGAAAUGUGACGGUGAUAAUGACUGCGGCGAUGGUUCUGAUGAAGAACUUCAUUUGUGCUUGAAUAUUACCUGUGAUUUAACAAAUCGCUUCCGGUGUGACAAUAAUCGCUGCAUUUAUCGUCAUGAGCUGUGCAACCAUGAGGAUGACUGUGGAGAUGGAAGUGACGAGAAAAAGGAGAACUGUCUAGUACCGACUCCCAGACCUUGUACAGAAGGUGAAUUUAAGUGUAGCAAUGGACGUUGCAUUUCACAACACCUGGUGUGUGAUGAUGUCGAUGACUGUGGGGACCAUUUUGAUGAAACCGGAUGCAAUACAGGAAAAGAAAGAUCAUGUGCCGAAAAUCUGUGUGAACACAACUGUACCCAGUUAAUUGGAGGAGGAUUCAUCUGCUCUUGUAGACCUGGGUUCAAGGCCAGUAGUUUGGACAGAAACUCCUGUGAAGACAUCAACGAAUGUGAGCAAUUUGGGGUUUGCCCCCAGAACUGCCAUAAUACUAAAGGAAGUUAUGAGUGUACCUGUGCUGAAGGCUUCAGGUCUAUGAGUGAGCACUAUGGAGAACGGUGUGCAGCCGAAGGCAACCCGCCUUUGCUGCUCCUGCCUGAAAACGUGCGUGUUCGAAAAUACAAUCUCUCAUCUGAGAAGUUCUCAGAUUACCUUGAAGACCAGGAACGUAUCCAGGCUCUUGAUUAUGAUUGGGAUCCAGAGGGCACAGGCCUCAGUGUUGUGUAUUACACUGUACUAGGGCAUGGCGCUAAUUUUGGUGCCAUCAAACGUGCCUACAUCCCCAACUUUGAAUCUGGCAGCAAUAAUCCUGUGAAGGAAGUUAAUCUGGAUCUGAAAUACAUAGUACAGCCAGAUGGAAUAGCAGUGGACUGGGUUGGAAGGCAUAUUUACUGGUCAGAUGCUAAGACUCAACGGAUUGAGGUGGCCGAACUUGAUGGAAGGUACAGAAAAUGGCUAAUUACCACUCUACUGGAUCAACCAGCAGCAAUAGUUGUGAAUCCCAAACUAGGGUUGAUGUACUGGACUGACUGGGGCAAGGACCCUAAAAUUGAGAUUGCUUGGAUGGAUGGGCAGCAUCGGAAAGUCCUGGUUCAGGAGGACCUUGGUUGGCCAACUGGCCUUUCUAUAGAUUAUGUGAACAGUGACCGGAUCUACUGGAGUGACCUCAAGGAGGGUGUCAUUGAAACCAUUAAACACGAUGGAACUGAUAGGAAAGUUGUUGUAACUACAGCAAUGAACCCUUACAGUCUGGACAUCUUUGAGAGCCAGUUAUACUGGAUAUCUAAGGAUAAGGGAGAAAUAUGGGUCCAAGACAAGUUUGAACGAGACCGGAAAGAGAAAUUGCUGAUAGUGAACCCAUGGCUCACUCAAGUUCGAAUCUUCCAUCAACGGAGAUAUAAUCAGUCAGUGCCCAACCGCUGUAAAAAGGUCUGCAGCCACCUGUGCCUUCUGAAACCUGAAGGAUACACCUGUGCAUGUCCCCAAGGCUCCAGAUUUAUAGCAGGGAGUGUCACGGAGUGCGAUGCAGCCAUUGAAAGUCCUGUCACCAUGCCCCCUCCAUGCAGGUGUAUGAAUGAAGGAAACUGCUAUUUUGAUAAGAAUAAUCUCCCCAAAUGCAAGUGUCCAAGUGGCUACAUGGGAGAAUAUUGUGAAAUAGGGCUUUCAAAAGGCAUUUCUCCAGGAACAACAAUGGCCGUGCUGGUGACACUCAUCCUGAUCAUCAUCAUUGGAGGAUUGGUGGCAUUAGGAUUUUUCCACUAUAGGAAAACCGGCUCCAUUUUGAUUUCUAUGCCCAGGCUGUCAAGCUUAAGCAAUCUUUCCAAAUACACGGAAAAUGGAAACGGGGUGACCUUCAGAUCAGGGGAGGAUGUUAACAUGGAUAUUGGAGUAUCUGGUUUUGGUCCUGAGUCAGCUAUUGACAGAUCAAUGGCGAUGAGUGAACAUUUUGCCAUGGACUUGGAAAAGCCUCCCAUAAUAUUUGAAAACCCGAUGUACACCUCCAAGGAUGGUACCAUCAGAAUGGCUCAGCCAACAACAACCCAGGUAUCCGAAUCUGGGAAUGUGUAUAACAAAAACUAUGGAAGUCCUGUAAACCCCGAUGAAUUAGCUCCAGACACAAAACCGGCUUCCCCAAGUGCUGAUGAAACUCAGGUGACAAAAUGGAAUAUCUUCAAACGAAAACCAAAACAAAAUACCAACUUUGAAAACCCGAUCUAUGCCGAGACGGAGAAUGAGCCAAAGGUUGGUGCCGCCGUGACCCCACCUCCAUCACCUUCUCCCCCUGCUAAGAAGACUCAGAAAAAAGGCACAACUCCAGCCUACAGUGCAACAGAAGACACAUUUAAAGACACGGCAAACCUUGUCAGAGAAGACUCUGAGGCAUAGCUGUGCCAGCUAUGUAGGGAAUAAUUAGAAACACAUUUUUUGCACAUAUAUUUUUUACAAACAGAUGAGAAAAAUUUAUGUUCCAUACUUUAUAAAAAAGAUGUAUUUUCCUCCAUACUUCUAUAGCUGGAAGUGUCUGUGGAAACAAUGCCUUGGGUGUCUUUUUUUACUCAUACCAUCUCAUAUUUUUGCAAAUAAUUAUCACAAUGUACUAUAUGUAUAUCUUUGCACUGAAGCUAUCUGAAGGUAAUGCUAUAAAUACAUUGUACAUUUGUAAAUUUUGGAAAGAUUAUCACAUUAAAUUUGCUAAUGAAAGUA